AUGGGCUGGGAUACUACCCAGCAAGCACAUUACUAUCACUUGGAUGCUCAGCAACAUCAGCAAUACAACCAUUAUCAGCAACAAGUAUACCAAGCACAGUACAAUCCAAUGCCGACACCAAUAUCAGGAGCACUGCCUGUUCAAUCUACAAGGAUAUCAAUUGCGCCGAUAGAGGCUUCACGUCCGGACACACCAGUUGGGAACAAUCCAUGGACACCUCUGAUGGAUGAGAUUCUGGUGGAGAACCACAAACGGAUGAAAUGGGAACAGAUCUCGGAGCAAUUCUUCCAGGGGAAAAAGUCUGGCAACGCUUGCAGGAAACGAUUCUCAAGGGUGAUCCAGGAAAGACAAGAUCCAUCACGCUGGCCACCAGAGCAAGUCCAGCAAAUCCGGAGUGCAUACCAGAAGGACAAUCUUCGCAAGGAGAUGUGGAUGUUACUGGCGGAAAGGACUGGAUGCAAAUGGGAAGACUUGGAGAAGCUGUGCUUUGGACUAGGUCUCAAACAAAUGCUUGGAAAGACACCGUAUGGCCAUAAGAAGCGUGUAUCUCUGGCAGCGUCUCAUAGGUCGAAUCGAAGCAUAAGCGAUGAUGGUCAAGAUAACUCGUAUGACGAAGGCGAACCGACCAACGAUAGUGGCCUCGGUGGUGAUCUACAAGCAGACCAUAGCCUACUACAUAUCCCUACACACAGCUAUGCAACACGAGAGAGCUACCACACUACCAUGGCAGAUUAUGGGCCAGGUCCUGAGGCAUACUAUCGAAACUACCACAACUGA